AUGCCCAAGUGCGCCCACGCCCUUCGUGAGAUUUCCCUACCUCCAAACUUCCGGCGCACUGCUAAUGACAAAGCUGUCAGCCUUAAGCAGUCCUUAUCAUUAACUUACAGCAGAACUAACGUUUGUAACAGAGAGCAGUGUACGAGAGGCAGAGAUAGAUCUGAGAUGGCUCUUCUAAAGCAGUGCAAGCAGCAAGUAUGCGAUGUGAUAGAGCAAGAGUCAGAGAAAUUAAAUGCCCUGAGCCAGGACAUAUGGAAGACCCCAGAGCUGGCUUAUAAGGAACACACAGCUCAUCAACUCCUUACAAGCUUCUUCUCCAGCCGGGCAUGGGAGGUACAAGCCCAAUACCAUUUGGAUACUGCCUUUCGAGCACAGUGGACCUCUGAAGCCACUGACAGCCCUUGUCUGCAUGUAGGCUUCCUGUGCGAGUAUGAUGCUCUGCCUGGGAUAGGGCAUGCCUGUGGGCACAACCUGAUUGCUGAAGUCGGGGCUGCUGCUGCACUUGGACUGAGAGGAGCUUUGCAGAGUGUGCAACCACCACAGCAGGUCCAGAUCACAGUGUUAGGAACACCUGCUGAGGAAGAUGGUGGAGGGAAAAUUGAUCUUCUCAAGGCUGGAGCCUUUGAAGAUAUGGAUGUCGUGCUUAUGGCUCAUCCUGGCCAAGGCGAUGCAGGUUAUAUUCCAGCUGAAGCCAUACAUGAUGUGAAUGUGAAGUAUUAUGGAAAAGCUUCUCAUGCUUCUGCAUACCCAUGGGAAGGAAUUAACGCUUUAGAUGCUGCUAUUCUUGCAUACAACAAUAUCUCUGUCUUAAGACAGCAAAUGAAACCCACCUGGAGAGUUCAUGGAAUAAUAAAAAAUGGUGGUGUGAAACCUAACAUCAUCCCAGAUUACACUGAACUAGAGUUUUAUUUGCGUGCACCAUCACUUAAAGAUCUUGCUGAUUUACGGGAAAAAGCACAUGCCUGCUUUAAUUCUGCAGCUACAGCAACUGGAUGUAAGGUGGAGCUGUCCUCUUCUACCUAUGAUUAUUAUGAUGUGCUUCCAAGCAAAACUCUCGCAAAAACAUACAAGGAGAAUGGCAAGCAACUGGGAAUGCAGUUUGCUAGUGUAGAAACGGAGUUAAAUUCUUUGGCAGGGUCAACAGAUUUUGGAAAUGUGACCUAUGAAGUUCCCGGACUUCAUCCCUAUUUUUCCAUUGGUUCAAAUGCCUUUAAUCAUACUGAAGAAUAUACUGAAGCUGCUGGCUCAGAAGAAGCUCAAUAUUACACACUUCGUACUGCAAAAUCAUUGGCAAUGACUGCAUUAGAUGUGAUCUUCAACACAGAUUUGCUAGAAAGUAUUCGCCAGACUGGAAGAGUGGCGAAGGAAAUGGAAGACAUUCCUUCUGGAAUAAAUAAAGCCAGAGAUUUGAGCUGCAGGGCCAGGGUGUUCUCAUUGCAUAUUAAUAACACAACACAAUAA